AUGGCGGGGAAUGGGAACAUUCCACGGCUUUGGUGGAGCCCACUCGAUACUGGAAUUUGCGCCCUUCUAAGUAGGGAUCUCCAGCUGUUCGUAUGCUCUUCCAAUCUCGUCAAAUUCCUCAUCGGGCCCUCUAAAAGCGAAUACCAUAUCAGCAAAUCUCUAAUCGCCAGCCUAUCCGACCCCCUUCAUGCCAUCCUUUCUAAACAUCAUGAUCAAAAUUCCAGCCGUCAAGGUGGGAAAGCCAAGCCGGUCGACUGGAGCACCUUCAUCGACGAAGACAUUUUCAACCUAUUCGUGCAAUAUGCAUACAUGGGCAAUUACAAGCUACUCAUCAUGUCGUUCCCCGAACAAGACAUUUUGCAGAAACACCAAAGAUACACCGAUGCCAGGAAAAGGAACCAGAAUUCGUAUUGGAUAUACGAAAGCAGUCCCUUUGUGCAGCCACCCACACCCGGAUCAGUGUACCGACAAAUUGCGCAGAUUUGGGCAUUCGCCAUGUUCCACAAAAUUGGAUGUCUCCAGGCUAUAGCUUACAAAGACCUACGGACCGCCUUUCAGGUACUGAUGCGGCGUCCUACUGCACUUGAGGGCUGUUUUGGCCUAGAAGAAAAGGUGUACCGGGAGGUGGUGGACGUGAUUGGGUAUAUCUACCAUCAGGGACGCCGGUUCUGGGAUGAUGAGAAGAAAACACAAGGCGCACAUGACGGGAUGAGAUCGAACAUUGCAUCUUUUGCGAGGACAUAUUUUUGCGACUAUGUGGACGAGCUUGGUGGAGAAGGACCGAGAAUCGCGGUGGAUAUGGUUACUCAUAAUGCGAAGCAGAUACCUUGGACGUAA